AUUUAAUAUUUUAGUAUUUCAAAUUGAUAAUUAAAUGAUUAAUUAGCGUGGAUGCUAUUCAUAUUGUAUCAGUCGUUUACAUCAAAUUCAACCAUUAUUUGAUUUUUAAAUAACAGUUAACUGAAUUAACGAAUUUAUUAGAAGAAAAUAGUCAAAGAAUUAAAUAAACAAAUAAAUAUAUAAAUAUAAACAAAUAAUUAAAUAAGAUCAAUAGAUAAUUCGUACAUUGAAUAUUAAGUUACUAAUUUUCUUCAAUACUACUUUACUGAUAUCACUUUUCACUAAACUAAAUAAAACAAAAUGGCUUCCCCUGAUAAAAAGCUGCCCUUGAAGUUUAUAUUCAGUGAGCACAACAGCAGACUACAGCAGAGGUUGAGAUGUGAAACACAAAUCAUUGAUGACCUAAAGUCUUUCAUGAAACAGAAGUCAGCAAUCGAGAAAGAAUAUGGCCAGGCGAUGAUGAAGCUAACGCAGUUGUACGCAAGCAAGCUGCCUCAGUGCCUGCUCUCCAAGGGCUCCUACAAGGUCAAUGGCUUCGAAAACAGUAUUUUACUAACGACGGCUUGGAGGAAUUACCUAAACGAGCUCGAGGAAGCGAACAAAAUCCGGAUUCAUAACACGGAUGCCUACAUGCACAGGAUGUCAGAGAUGGUGAAACUUGUCAAGUUGCAUAGAUCUCAGUCCUCAAAACUGGUUUUUGAGAAUCUAUCGGAUAGACAGAAGGAGGCAUACCAUUCAAUAGCAGACUCUAUGAAAACGUACAAGCAAUAUAAAGAGAAGCAGCAAAAGACUAAUGAAUGCCGGAUGAAGAUGAAGACUCUAAAUAUGAGAGUGAAAUCAAACGCGUCAAAACAUCAACAGCAGCAUAGCCAGCUCUCAAACGAACUGAGGACAUGUGAAUCGGUAUCAGAUAAGAGUAGGAAUGAUUACAUCAUGAGUCUAGCGGCGGCUAAUCAGCACUUGUUGGAUGGAGACUUCUACGAAGAUUGGAAGAAUUUCCUCACUUGGUCAUCUGAGUCCGACAUCCAAACGUACAAACAUUCCAUCAAAUCGUCAAAUGACGUCAUCGCCGCUGUCCGGAAGGUACCUAAGUAA